AUACCAUAAAAGAAGAAUAUCCACUAGGUGGCGGUAUGGAUCUUUGGUACUGAUCGUCACUAACCGUAUCGUAUGUAAAGAAGUCGACUUCUUCCUGAAGCAAAAGAAAGAUGGCGGCUAUCGUGAAGAAGACAGUUGCAGUUGAAGAUGUCAAUGUCACAUUUGAAGACCAGAAGAAGAUUAAUACAUUUGCCAGAAACACAAAUCGAAUGACAGAAUUUAAAGAUGAAAUAGAAGGAAAAAAGAAAUCUCUACAGAAUCUGCAGGAUGCCAGUGAUGACCUGAUGAUGGCUGAGGAUGACACUCUGCUCGUCCCGUAUCAGAUUGGAGACGUCUUCAUCAGUCACACCCAGGAAGAGACCCAAGAGAUGUUGGAAGCUGCAAAGGAACUACUGCAGCAGGAGAUUAAAGACCUAGAAGGGAAGGUGUCAAAGAUACAACAUUUGUUGGGUGAUCUGAAGGUCCAGCUCUAUGCCAAGUUUGGGAACAACAUCAACCUGGAAGCAGAUGAAAGCUGAGUGCUUAGCCCGGUCCUAGAUCUGUUUGUGCUGUUUAGUAUGACAAUUAAUCAAUGAUUAAGGUUGUUAAGAUGCCACAAACAGAUCUGGGAUCAGGCUAAGUGGGCAACUAUCUCUUUACAUAUGGAGUUUUCAAGCAGCUCGCAUAUUUUCCGAUCCACACUGUGCUGACAGGAUGCUUGCCAAACCAACAUGUUUGUCCUCUUCUCAGCAUCAACACACUUUUUUUCAAUGGUGCAUGGCCUUAUUUAUGGUUUUAUUUUGUUCAGUCUUAUUUUGUAUGAAUGUCGGUGAAUGUACCACUUGAUUUUUUGUUUUGUUUUUUGUUUUUGUGUACUUGCACUGGGUCUCAGUAAUAUAUGGACCUAUGGACUGACACCGAAGAUGUCUUUAUACACCAGAUGACCGUAAAGAAAACAACCUAAGGAUUUACCUUUGUAGUGCUUGGAGAUGGAGAAAAUGUGGAGUUUAAUGUGGUUAAAGAAAAUAAGUGAGCAGAGGCAGCCAAUGUCACUGGUGCAGGGAGUGUCACAGUUCAGGGGAGCAAGUACGCCGCUGACAGGAACCGCUACAUGUCCUUUUACCAUAAUGAGAAAAAUCAGUCCACGGCCCUAUAUUACUGAAUCCCAGUGCAAGUACUAAACAAGUAAAGCCACUUAAACCAGUCUUUAUAAAGUAAAGAGGGUAACGUAUUCCUUGUGGAUUUUUUUUGUUGUACGUUUACGAUUUGGUUAUGGAACAGAAAUGAAUACUAUUGUAUUCAGAUUCAACUGAUUUAAGACCAAAACAUGUAGGCUACUGUGUGUUUAUAUCCCAAAGUGUAUCUUAAAGGUGCAAUCUGUAGUUUAAUUUUUGGUCAAAAAUACCAAGCAGGACUGAAAAAAUGUUGUUUUUUUUGGUGCACUGAUCAUCUUAAAUAGAACCAAGUUUAUUUGUGUGUUUGUUUUUGUUUUUCGAUUGUUUAUGUAUUUAGCCAGUGUGGACAUCCUAUAAAGAAAGUUCUUACAAUUCUGCUGAACAAGGUGUGGGAAUUUAGUAAACAUUGUUUGAUUGAUUGUUAGAUUCAAAAUGGAUUAAAAUAGAAAGGCAUCCUGCUGAUUGUAAGAGAAUAUACAUGAUUUUGGAUUGAUGAAAUCAAUGAGCAAUUAUUUAGUUAUUUUACUAAAUUUACUCUGCCACUUUUGGUAUAAAUCGAAUGUAUUACAUAGCUCUAAUAAUUAAGCAUGUGUGACGAACAGA